AAACCCUGCCGGUGAAAUUCCGACCAUCAACAGAUACUCUGAUUCAUCGUAUUUCAGAAGCUCAUUUUCUCCGGCUACCUCGUCGACGUGAAGACUCAUCUCGCAGUAGUCUGGUUUAACAAAGAAAAAGAAUAAGAGUAAAUGGGCAAGCUUUAAUUUCUCUGAGAAGUAGAUAGGUCAGCUCGACAUUUACCGUCUUGGGUUUCUUGAUCGACAUCUUGAGGUGGGUCGAACUAGACGACCUUGAGAAUGGCGGGAGACACUUCAAGAGAAAAACUCAAGAAAUUGAGUUAGAUUCGAUGGGGGAUUUCAAUCAAUUUCGAUUCUUGAAACAGGAAAUGAAGAGGGGUUCUAAAAAUUACAGUUGGGUUCGUCGGGGUUGUAUUCUUUAUCAGAAUCUUCUUUUCUGGGGUCGAUUGAGAUGGAUAAAGCACUUCUUCCGUUACCUGCUUCAAAAAGGAUAAGAAGAAGCGUUCUGAUAUUCAAUCUUCCAGAGCAAGAUUCCCAACAGUUGAAGAAAUCGCAACCUCUAGAGAGGAUACGCAGAGCAGCAACGAUGUUGCCACCAUCCUUGACUGUAAGUGACUGCGGGCGAGAAUUGUAGGGUGGCCAUGGCGAUUCCACAUCCUACCAGUACUGCAACGGCGUUUUUGAACGGUUCUGUAAGGUCUAACAACAUAGCUGUUUGACAGUUUGGCUGUUUGGCAGGUUUUACUCUCUUCUUAAAGGUAAUAUAAUUACAAAAAACUGGUUUGCAGCCGGUGAUGUCAAUUUUUAGGUAAGGUCUGUAUUUCAUUAUCAUGUUCAUAAUGUUCAUUCUAUAUGGAAUUCCUACCAAAGACCUAAAAGAGGAGUUUAUGCUUUUGCUACUUGUGGGCUUUGUGAAUUAGCUUUAGAAGAAUCAAGCCAUUUAUUCCUUAAUUGUCAGUUGCCUAUAGACUUUUAAUGAGAUGUUAUGCAUGGUGGGGUUUACUUUCUGAGUUCCCUAACUCAUUUUUGGAUCUAUUCAAACAACAUGCCUGGUUCGGGUAUUACAAGUCAGUGAGGAAGGCAUGGUAUGUAAUCUGGGUUGGUAUUUUAUGGAGAUUAACGUUGACAUACUUUUUGCAUGAUGAGAUGACCAGGUCAAGAAGGAAUAAGCAGGAGCAGGAGGAGCUUUGCUGAAUAUUUAGGUGAGUGCUUUGAGGACCUCUAUGGUUUGAUUUUUUACUUUCAAGAGUAGGUGCAUUUUGUAACUUUCAGUUCAGUGAUUUAGUUUUUCAUAGGCUUUGAACGACCUUCAUUAGCCUUCAUGAUGAAGACCAAAGAAAAAACAAAAAGGGAUGAGUUUUUGAAAUGGAGGGAAGUUGGCACUCUUCAUGUUUGAUUUUGAUACUAAUUCCAAUUAGUUAUACAUAUGAGUUUUGUACUCUUCAGUUGAAACGAACAGAUAGAUGUGAUUUGGAAAAUUUGUAAAGAGGCCAUGGAAGUGGAAGUGUAAAAUAAGGAUUGCUGCUACCUUAUAUGGCAUUUGGAGCGUAAGGAGCCAGUUGGUGAUGCUGGAAAAGGUAUAGAAUGUAAAUGGUGUUUCCAAGAUUGUAAAUACACAAAUUUUUAUUCAAAGUUUUGCCAAAUUGUAAAGAGAAAUUUCUUCAUGUGUGCCCAAGUGAAAUUGGUUGUUCAUUAUUAUUUGCAAACUUAAAUAUAUAUGAAUUGUCCAAAACUUUGCUCCUUCAUGUUGUUUUCAUUAACUCUUAGAAAGGUCUCCUGUAGGGUGAGCGCUUUGAUGACCUUUAUGGUUUGAUUUUUUACUUUCAAGAGUAGGUGCAUUUUGUAACUUCAAUUCCGUGAUUUAGUUUUUCAUAGGCUUUGAACAACCUUCAUUAGCCUUCAUGAUGAAGACCAAAGAAAAAACACAGAAGGAUGAGUUUUUGAAAUGGAGGGAAGUUGGCACUCUUCAUGUGUGAUUUUGAUACUAAUUCCAGUCAAUUAUACAUUUGAGUUCUGUACUCUUCAGUUGAAACGAAUAGAUGGAUGUGAUUUUGAAAAUUUGUAAAAGAGGCCAUGGAAGUGGAAGUGUAAAAUCAGGAUUGCUGCUACCUUAUAUGGCAUUUGGAGAGCAAGGAGCUUGUUGGUGAUGCUGGAAAAAGUAUAGAAUGUAAAUAAUGUUUCCAAGAUUGUAAAUACACAAAUUUUAAUUCAAAGUUUUGCCAAACUAUAAAGAGAAAUUUCCCUAGGCUUUUAUCUUCUUCGUGUAAAACGUUGUGAAAUUCUACAUCAGAAGAAGCAUCUUUUUGCUUGUGAUACUAAUUUUACAUGAACAUGUUAAAAGAGACAUAAUAAGGGAGUAGUAGAAGCAAAUUUACAACUAACUUUACAGUAUAUAAGAGAUAAAAUCGAUACCAAGUU